GAAGAAUAAGUUUUAUGCUGAAUUGUGACUGUUUCCUUGCUCUAACCGAACCACGGGCAUGACAGUAAUCACAGGAAAAGCAAAUGAAUGUUGAAGAGAAUUAGAGAGGGCAUUCAGUAAUAAACUAUACUCCAUUGGAUUUUGAAUCAUGGCCGAUAUGAACUCUGGCGACAGUGAAGAGAAAAAGACCGUUGAGGCUCCUAGAGGGGGUAUGUUCUCCAGUUUUUUUGCCGGCAUGGAAAAGAGAUUCCAAGAGAUGUUGCGUUCGCAGUCAGAUCUGUUGACGGAGGACGAGGAGAAGAAGCUUUAUGAGAAAUUUCUGCAGCAAAAGGCUAACAUGGAGGAUACAGCGAGCAGAUGUGUGACGAGGACAAGGAUCGACGAAUUGGAAACGGAAGUUCUGGCCGAGGAAGAAAGAAAAAGAGAAAUCGAUCGUGUAUUAAAGUUAAUGGCCGGGGCGCAGUCUGUAAACCUGUGUUUUCUUCUGGACUGCACAGGGAGCAUGGCGUCCUACAUCAAUGGUGUCAAGGAAAAGAUUCAACACAUAGUUAACAUAUCGAAGAAAAUGUUUGCUAAUUUUGAUUUUUCGGUCGCGUUUGUUGGCUAUAGAGAUCACUGCGAUGGUAAUGCGAGAAUCGUCAUCUUGGAUUUCACAGAGUCGAUAAUCCAGUUUCAAAGCCACAUGACAGCAGUCACCGCAACAGGUGGUGGAGACGCGCCAGAAGAUGUCUUUGGUGGCAUUGAAGAAGUUACCAAACUAUCUUGGAGUAAACACACACGAAUUUUGUUCCACAUAGCCGACAGUCCUUGCCAUGGAAACCGUUUUCACGAUCCAAGCGUUAGCGAUGAUUAUCCUAAUGGGGAUCCUCGCGGCCUUAAAAUAGAAGAUUUACUGGCAAAGUUGCAGGAGAUGAAUAUUCUGUAUUGGUUUGCUAAACUUGGCAACACAACCGAUCAAAUGAUAAAAGAGUUCCAAAGUCUGAUGAGCAUCAAUGAAAUCGAUUUGGCGUCCGCUGAUGAUCUUGUUCAAGCUGUGGUCGGCUCGAUAUCGGUUUCCGUCGAGAUCAUGGAAAAGAAUGCCGGUGAUGAGGUCGUCCGAGAAGGGGUUACGGGAGAGGUGAAAUUCCAAAUUGUGAAAGAGCUUCCACAUUGGGAGUCGAUCACCGCCAAGAAAGUUUCCGUUCGAAAGAUUGUAAUCCCUGAUGAUGUCAAAAACCUGAGAAGGGAAUUCAAAAUUUAUAAUGACGACGACCGGAGCAUCAUAAUUGCAAACAACCCAUUUGCCGAAGGGAAGUUACGUAUUGCCUUUCAUGGUAUGUAG